CAAUCUCUUGUGAUGUGAAAUAUGCAAAUAUCUUUCCACACAAAAAAAUAUCUGCCCCUAGCCAAAAGGAAGAAGACCUUAUUCUUUUUUGCCACUUUUUCCUGUCCCCCCUCCUGCUUCAGAGGACCAAGUAGGAAAAAUGCAUUCUUCUACUCUGCCCAUUCAAACCAUUCCCACAAAAAGCAUAAACAAACUUCCAAAUCCAAGAGCUCCUCUUGCAAAUUCAUGGAAAUACCGUGACAAUAAUACUAGUAAUUCUCUCAUAUGCAGAGCUCAUACUUCUUCAAUCACUGACUUUGACCUCUAUGAUCUUCUUGGAGUUGAGAGUUCAUCUAACCAGGCUCAGAUUAAGCUGGCCUAUAGGAUGCUGCAGAAGCGAUGCCACCCGGAUAUCGCUGGACCAACGGGCCAUGACAUGGCUAUUAUACUCAAUGAAGCUUAUGCUCUUCUUUCUGAUCCUAUUGCACGUAUGGCUUACGAUAAGGAACUGACAAAAAUAGCAGAUUUAAGGGGCUACACAGGGAAACCUUUAUAUUCAGCAUGGUGUGGUCCAGAGAAUGAAGAAAGAGCUGUGUUUGUUGAUGAAGUAAAGUGUGUAGGCUGCUUAAAAUGUGCUUUAUUGGCUGAAAAGACAUUUGCUGUUGAAUCUGCGUAUGGAAGAGCCAGAGUUAUUGCUCAAUGGGCUGAUCCAGAACCCAAAAUUCAAGAAUCCAUAGACGCAUGUCCAGUUGAUUGCAUCUCGGUUGUUGAGAGGUCAAAUUUGGCUGCACUUGAAUUCCUAAUGUCCAAGAAGCCACGAGGCAAAGUUAGAAUUGGUGCUGGAAAUACAGUUGGUGCUCGCACCUCCAAUAUAUUUGAUGAUCUAGAAAAAUUUCAAAGCAGAUAUCAAGAUGCUCUGAACAAAGCUUCCAAGACAAAUCCUGAGGCUUCAGAUGUGCAAAAAGAAGAACGAAUGUCAGCAUUUCAAGCAAUCCGAGCAAUGUCAAAUUGGUUCUACUGGCAAUCACCUGUUGCAGGAACUGCAGAAACGGACCAAGCUUUGGUUCCAGUUAGGAGAAGGCUAAUUGAACCCGAUGUUAAGAAGCUCAGAGAUGCUGCAGCGGCCAUGAAAGAGGUCAAAGCAACAGUUAAUCAGAGGUGCAACGACGAGUAUUGGUCUCCAUCAACUGCUGCACUUCCAGAAGUAACAAACACUAGUCUGGUAGAUGAAGUUUCCUCGAAUGCUUCCUCUCCCAAAGCACCGGUGGAAUUCUAUGACGAAGUUUUCUCACCUAAGGAGAAACAUCAAGACAAUCCCUGGCUCUGGAGAGUGCCAUUCACAACAGCAACGGCAGCAGCAAUUAUAGUUUGGAUAAAACUUGGAGAAGAAGCGACUGUUACACUCGACGAUCAUAUUGGUGGUCCUCUCCCAUUAGACAUUGUCAAUAGCUCAUGGCUGAAGUCCAUUCUGGCAGCUGUUACAUGGUAUAUGAUUGGUAUGGCUCUAGUGGAACUCGCAGGGUCCAUUCAUAGUUUGUUUGGGAAGGGCAGGAAAUAGUGAAUUUUCAUUCUGGAGGAUAAGUUCAGACAGAUAAAUCUUGUAACAUAAAUGUAAAGUUAUUAUAUGGUCCAAUCAGUUCUUACAGUUA